UGGACGGUACUACUGCAUUGAGAAGGGGGGCACAUUCCUCUUAUUUGAAAUUAGUUUGUGAAUAUACAAUGUAGCUGAUGGCAAACCUAUGUGCAACUCUAGUUUCUCAGUUAGCAGUAAUGUUCAAAAAUGUCACCAUAAUUAUUUGACUUCUUCCGGAUGAACUAAUCCAACCUUACGUCCGCACGUCAUGGUUCGCCUGUAAACAUGGCAGACCAAGAAAACACUGUCAUGGAAGCGGACAAGAGAAAGAAUAAACCUUUCGUUGAACAAGUUAAGGCGCUGCUUGACGACGUUACCCACAGAACAGACGAGCAGAAGAGUCCAGAGCCUAAAAACAAGUCCGUCGAAAGCUGCUCGACUGUGGAGUACUGUGAGAAGCUACAGGCAUGGAUGUGGCAGUACUACACUGGAUAUGUGAACUGGCAAAGCUGGCUGCUAGCUUCAACUAUGACCGUCCCACCCUGUUUACAGCCACCCAGCGGAACGUCCACGGCUCUUGUUUUUGAUCCUCAGAACUGGCAAAAUGCUUCCUUUGGCCUCCCGCUGUUGCCUUAUCCACCUACGGUUCAUUCCCCGAGCAGCCGAGCGGGGGAAGCGGCUGUCGGGGCCCCAGCGGCCGCUCAGCAGCAGCAGCCGCAGCGGGAUCAUGGACAUGCACAGAGACAGGGUCGAGAAUACAGCAUCCCUUCACCUCUCCAAAGACUUAUGGCAGAGAUGGUGGAUUUCUUCAUAUUGUUCUUCAUCAAAGCAACCAUAAUCAUCAGUAUCAUGCACCUAAGUGGAAUUAAAGACGUUUCCAAGUUUGCCAUGCAUUUCAUAGUGGAGGAAAUCGAUGAAGACACAUCGAUGGAGGAGUUGCAGAAAAUGAUGCUCGUUGCCCUCGUGUAUCGGAUAUUAGUUUGUUUUUAUGAGAUUGUAUGCAUUUGGGGAGCUGGCGGUGCCACUCCAGGGAAAUUUCUCAUCGGACUCAGAGUUGUUACGUGCGAUUCGUCGGUUCUGGUUCAGCCCAAUAGGGUGCUUGUAGUGCCGGCAACAAAUGUUUCCCUGUCCGCGUCAACGGUCCGAGCCCUGAACAAGAACUUCUCCAUUGCCUUCUUUUUCCCAGCAUUUAUCACGCUCCUCUUCUUUCAGCACAACAGGACUGUCUACGACAUGGUUGCUGGUACGAUAGUUGUCAAGCGCUCCAGAAUCAGAUGACACUGAAGCUGACAGAAAAAAUUCUAUCUAUCUAUAUAUAUAUA